AUGAGCAAUCAUACACGAGGAGACAAAAGCCGCAUUAUCAAGCGCAAAUUUACGCCAAGAAAAGACUGGACAGAGGCUGUCAAGGAAAAGAUUGUACAGUUCUUCACUUACAAGCAGCUCCUAUGUGGUCCAUUUACUGAUAAACCCAAGUCCUCACAAAACGCCGCUCUACAGGAGGCCCUCGAAUGCACUGGAUGCAAACAUCUGCAUAUUAUUCCAUACAUGAUGAAUGCAGAUAUUGCUGCAGGCUCAUAUAUCACCUCGGAAUAUCCACCAUUCUUCGCUAGCAAAAGCGUAUCAGAUGAACAUAUAUCUCCCUUCGAUACAGACACAGCAGCGUACCAAAAUAACAACACCACAUUUUGGGGUGAUAUUACCUCCUCUCAACAACACUAUUACUACAACAAGAUUGAUAGCAUUCUCAAGAAGGCCGAGGCUGAGUCAGGCAAGCCAACAGAUGAAGCCACCGUUCUUUUCGCCCAUUACCAAGUGGACUUCCACAUCCGCCAACAUUACCUCGCCCCCCAAAGUAUCCUGAAUCUAUGCCGCUCGAAGGAUGAUGUUAGGGCACUGAACUACUGGCAGUGGAGGACGGCUGCCGCAGAUGAGACAGCGUUUGAAGAUGUCCCUGGCUGGGGCGUGGGAUGGGUGCAUGAGCCGAGCAAUUCCAUCGGCCACCAGAUUGCCGCAUGGCGGAAGGGGGAAAGAAAACGAGAGAAGCACCUCGCAGAAGUGAAGGCCAGAUGGGCCGAGAUCAACGAGGAGAGACAAAAACAGAGAACAAGGACAAUCAAAAUUACGUUCAAGGGCACGCAUAUUAGGACUCACAAGUAUGAGCCAUGUGAACCGCCUUUGACAGAGAAGGAGAUUGUGCGUAUUGCAAGGGAAAAAGGUGCAUACGCGGAAGCCUUUUUGGACUGUAUUACUUUAUGA